CGGAGGGGGGCAGCCGGUCUGGUGAAGCGUUGAGAAGAUUCCCCACUUCUUCCUCCUCCUCCUCCUCCUCCCCUCUGGGGUGCAACCAGGCAGGAGAGAAGCGAUGGCCGAGGUGGGGAUGCAAUGUCCCAACCUGGAUUCCAUCAGGCAUCCUGACGGAUUAGGAUCUUCGAGCGAAUAUGUUAAGUUCUCCAAGGAGAAGUACAUCCUCGACUCCUCGCCGGAGAAGCUUCACAAGGAGUUGGAAGAAGAGCUGAAGCUCAGCAGCUCCGACCUAAGGAGUCACGCCUGGUAUCAUGGCCGCAUCCCCCGGGAGGUGUCGGAAAGCCUAGUGCAAAGGAACGGGGAUUUUUUGAUCCGCGACUCGCUCACCAGCCUGGGUGAUUACGUGCUGACUUGCCGCUGGCGGAACGAACCCCUCCACUUCAAGAUCAACAAGGUGAUGGUGAAAUCCGGCGAAGGGCGCACUCACAUCCAGUACCUCUUCGAGCAGGAGAGCUUCGACAACGUCCCGGCCUUGGUGCGCUUCUACGUAGGGAACCGUAAGCCCAUUUCGGAACAGAGCAAUGCCAUCUUCUACUGCCCCAUCAACCGCACCUUCCCGCUGCGCUACCUGGAGGCCAGCUACGGACUCGCCAAUGGGAAGCACAGCAGCUCCCAUAGCCACUCGGGACACAAAGGCGGGCACAUCAAAAGGAGGAGCAUCACCAUGACGGACGGGCUGACCGCCGACAAGAUCACAAGGAGCGAUGGGUGUCCCACCAGUGUCUCCUUGCCGCAUCACCGGGACAUCAUCCGGAACUGCGCCGUCAGCGUGGAUCAAAUUCAAGACCUCCACUCCCCGAUGUCGCCCAUCGCCGAGACCCCAGCCACUCCAGCUUAUAGCACUGUUACUCAUCUCAAACCACAAGCGAGCCAAGCUGGCAACGGUGCCACCCCGUCGUCCCCGGUCAUCCGACGCUCUAGCGAGCCGCAGCUAUGCCAGGGGAACGGCAGUAAGAGCGAGCUGUCGGACAGCCCCCACUCGACCCCUUCCCACGGAUGCUCCAGGGCAUCCCCUUCUCCAUCUGCCAGCAGUUACAGCGACCCAGAUUCCGGACAUUACUGCCAGCUUCACCCGCCUUCUCCAGUCCAGUGGGACAGGCCAACACCCGACAACAAAGUAAUGCCAACCAAGAGCUACGUGGAGAGGCUAAAGGGAGACGAAUGCCAGCGAGGGUUUGUCCUGAACGGCUCGGAAGGAGAAGCAGGGUCCAGAAAGAGGCUGGAGCAGGACAUGGCGGGUUUUGUGAUCCCGGUGGUGGAAAGGACAUCCUCGUUCAACCCCGCCCUGUUCCACUCCUUGCUUAUUCCGGGAGAAAACAAGCCUUUGGAAAUGAUGGUGCUGAAGAAGAUCAAGGAACUGCUCGCCGAAGGGGACGCGAGGACUCUCGCCAAGCAUAUCACCCACGUGGAUUGCCUGGUUGCUAGGAUACUAGGGGUUACCAAGGAGAUGCAGAGGCUCAUGGGAGUCAGCUCAGGGAUGGAGCUGCUCACCCUGCCCCACGGACAUCAACUUCGGCUGGAUUUGUUGGAAAGGUUCCACACCAUGACCAUCAUGAUCGCGGUGGAUAUUUUGGGGUGCACCGGCAGCAUGGAGGAGCGGGCCUCUCUUCUGCACAAGACCAUUCAGCUGGCGGCCGAGCUGAAGAGCACCAUGGGCAAUAUGUACAGUUUCGCCGCCGUGAUGAACGCGCUGGAAAUGACCCAGAUCUCCCGCCUGGAGCAAACCUGGAUGGUUUUACGCCAGCGUUACACAGAAGGUGCCAUUCUGUACGAGAAGAAGCUGAAGCCAUUUUUAAAGAGCCUCAACGAAGGAAAAGAAGGAUCACCUUUAUCUAACACCACCUUCCCACACAUUGUGCCUCUCAUCACUCUACUGGAAAGAGACACGGUGCUGCCAGACCACCCUGAACCCUGGGAGAACCUGGAUAACAGCGUGGAGAUAGUUAUGGCCCAUCUGGAAGCAGCGCGCACCGUGGCUCACCACGGGGGACUCUACCACACCAACGCGGAGGUGAAGCUGCAAGGGUUCCAACCACAAGCAGAACUUUUGGAAGUCUUUAGCACCGAAUUUCAGCUCCGGCUCUUAUGGGGGAGUCGGGGGGCCGAAAGCAGCCAGAGCGAGCGCUACGAGAAGUUUAACAAGGUUCUCACCGCUCUGUCCCACAAAUUGGAGCCAGCAGUGCGUUCGAGCGAGCUGUAGCUGGACAACGACGGGAGGGGGGGAGAUUGCAAUCAAUGCGCCUGCAGCUUGCUUUCUGGCAACUGGGGGGGUGCCUCAAGCAAUGGGACUGUUUGACCGAAAGGGAAGCAGCUGAGCCCCCCACCCACACCCCAAAAGGGCCUUUCCAGCAUGAAAUACUGACAAUCACCGGGUUGACUUUGUUCCUGCAAAACUUGACAACGACCGAGUUCCUCCAGGAGAGACCAUGGCUAACCUUGCAAACCAGGGACAACAAUGCACUGAUCAAGCAUGUUAGAUACUGCAUCAACCAUGCAGAUUCGUAUUGAAGAUUUGCAGUGGGGUUCACGAAAGAGGCAAAACUUCUGAGUUAAAAUUCAGUACAGAUUCAUAGCCAAGUUUCAUGCCCGGGUUUGGUGCCGCACGGUGGGGUUUGAAACAGUGGUGAAAUCCAAAUUUUCUUACUACCAGUUCUGUGGGCGUGGCUUGGUGGGCGUGGCAGGGGAAGGAUAUUGCAAAAUCUCCAUUCCCACCCCACUCUGAAGCCAGCCAGAGGUGGUAUUUGCUGGUUCUCUGAACUACUCUAAAUUUCCGCUACCGGUUCUCCAGAACCUGUCGGAACCUGCUGGAUUUCACCCCUGGUUUGAAACCAAAAGUGCAGGAAUCUUCUCCCUGGCUCAUCCCAUUACUUUGAGGUUCCCCUGUUCUCUUCUCCAUCACCAUGGAGUAGAGCAGUUUACACCAGCUUUGAGGGUUCAGGGGGGGAGCUGAUCAGGGUUGUUUAGUUCCCCCAAAACCUCAGAAGGACCUGGGUGACAAGGCACACCCACAAACAGUAAAACAACUCCAAAAUUUAGCUUUUCUAUUUUCAUGGGCAUCUCUGAUCAUCACCAACAUUCAUUCUACACCCAACUUAAUCCAUCAACCAUAAACCACCCAACGAAGCCCCAUGACAAGAUAGAUAGUAAAUAAAUUUAAUAAUACAUUUUUAAAAAUCAGGUAAAGUUAGGCCACUGCCAUCUUCCUUUCCAGAUACCCAAAGCCUCCAAUUUCAGGCCUUUCAUUGAUGCCAAGUAACAUUCCUUUAUUUUCUUUCUUUCCUUUCCUUCUCUUUUCCUUCCUUUCUUUUCUUUCUUUUUUUUUUGCUUCCCUUCAUUUUGAUGCAGGGAAUGAGGGUUGUUUUGUAAAUUUAAAAAAAAAAUCCAUAUGGGGUGUAUAUGUACGUAUAAAUAUAUAUAUAUACAUAUGUAUUCAGAUCUCAUGUGUAAAUAAUUGACAUUGUUCUUUUGGGUCUUGUAAAUGAAUGUACAGAUACAAUGAAGUGUGUUUCCUCAAUUCUUGCAUACAAUAAACUUUUAUGCUUUUUUUCUUCAAAAA